UCCCUACAAUUUCUAUUCGAUAGUUUCAUAACUUAUAAAAUCUGUGAACAUCGUAUUUUAAAUAUGAGCGAUCCUGGAUUCACCGAUAUGUUAACCUCGGAUUCUUCUCGAGUAUCAGGAGAUACUGGCUUUAGUGAAUUAUUACGAUCAGCGGAAAGAUUAUCUGCUGCUAUAGAAGGCAAUGAAGAACUUCCUCAAGUUGAAAGAAAUCUCCGUCAAAUUUUAGAAGCUUCUAAUGAACUUUGGUCUCGUGUCACGCAAACCGGCACUCAAGAUAAUCAAAGACAAGCGUAUCUUUUAUUUGGUUCACAUGGUGUUGAUUUACCUCAGAUUUCACAAAAAUUAAGUUCACUUAGUGCAAGACGUACUUUUGAACCUUUAGAUCCUAUUGCAGAUACAGAUAUAGUUAGUUAUCUUAAAAAUGAAAAAGAAAAUGCUAUUUUAUCAAUCAUUGAACAAGUUCAUAAAGAUACAUUUGAGCUUACAAGAAUUCAACAAAUGGAACAUAUGUUGGGUGAAUGGAAACAAAUGCGGUUUGAGAUAAUGAAUGCUAUGACAGCUCCAUCUGGAGAACUUGUAGAUUUACGUGGUACUCCACAACGUACUAAAUUAACUGGUUCCAUGAUUAAAGGACUAUCCAGUGUAGAAGUGGCUUAUGUGAAAGAAUUACAAAAGUAUAAUGAUUGUGUUCUUAAAGGGCUAAAACAAAAUUUAUUUGAAGCAUUUCGUAUGGCAGCAGAAUCAUUUAAUGACACAAAGAUUGUGGAUCUUUGGAAAAUGGUUAUUGAAUGUGUAAAUAAUAUUCAACCAGUCCCUAGAGAAGAUCAAAUUAAAUCAAGAAGUACACCUAUUGUUGAACAAGAAAUUGUAUUACAUGCAAGAAAAUAUUUAGAAAAUAGAUAUGAAAAAUUUAUGAACUCUGUUAUUCGUGAAAACUCAACUCAAGCUCAACGAGGUGGUACUCCAGGCAUUGUUCCAUUAGUUAAAAGUUUUGUUACUGUUAAAGUACAAAAUUUGAAAGAUUUGAUGGUUGAAAACAUACCAUUGUGGCCUUUAGUCUAUUAUUCUAUGAGAGUUGGUGAUUAUAAAGCAGCAUUACAUUUUCUUAGUCAAUGCAAGACGGAUUUUUCAGAAUUUAGAAUUGCAUUAGAAGAAGCUUCUUGUGAUCCCUCAAGACGUCUUAGUAGUUCUGCAGAAUCAAAUUUAAAGUUACAGUAUAGAAAACAUGUGAGAUCAGUUACUGAUCCAUAUAAAAAAGCUGCAUAUUGUGCAUUAGUUCCUUGUGAACCUGAUGAUUUGCAUCCUGAUGUAAUUUGUACAGCUGAUGAUUAUUUGUGGUUAAAACUGUGUCAAGUUAGAGAUCACUCAGAUGCAGAAAAUAAAUUAACUUUAGAUUAUUUACAAACUACUAUAUCAGAAAUAUAUGGAGAAUCAUAUUAUCAUGCACAUGAACAACCAUUUGUAUAUUUUUCAAUGUUAUUUUUAACUGGUCAAUUUGAAGCUGCAAUUGAAUUUUUGGCAAGAGGUGCAGGAGCAAGACACUUACCACAUGCUGUACAUUUAGCAGCUGCUAUGCAUGAACAAAACUUAUUAGGAGUUAGUCAAAGUGUUCUAGCUCCUUUAUUAAGCGUUGAUCCUGCUGACAAACCUCCUGCUAAAAGAUUAAAUUUUGCCAGAUUAAUAUUAUUGUAUGUUAAACGAUUUGAUUCUACAGAUCCAGAAGAAUGUUUACAUUAUUUAUUUUUAUUAAGGUCUAUGAGAGAUCCAUAUGAUCGUAAUAUGUUUGCAGUAUCAACUGCAGAAAUGGUAGUUGAUGCUUCACCAACAGUCAGAGCCCAAUUAGUUGGAAAGAUAGAAAAAGAUCGUUGGAUUCCAGGAAUUUUAGAUAGAUUUCAAAUUAAUGUAGAAGAUGUCGUUAAUAUAAGUGCAGAUACAUUAUACAGAAAAGGUCUUUUAGAAGAUGCAGUAAUAAUGUAUGAUCUUGCCGGUAAUCAUGAGAAAGUUCUUAGUUUAAUGUGCACGCUUUUAGCCCAAGUUGUUAAUCAAAGGGCUUCUCCGGGAUCGUUUAGAUCUCGAUUGCAAGUAACUGCUACUGAAAUAAGUGGAAGAUAUCAAAACAUUGAAAUACAAGCACCCUCUGAAUUAGUAUCUGCAUUUUAUACUUUAAGACAUUUAAUGGUAUUCUUUGAUCAAUUUUAUAACGAACAAUAUCAAAGUGCGCUUAGGACUAUUGCGGAAUCAAAAUUGUUACCAUUACAUAUAAAAGAAGUCGAUGAAAGAGUGAACGCAUUACGACGUGUUCCAGCCGAAGUAACUGGUACAUUAGCUGAUGUUCUUUUGGCUACAAUGACAAUACUUUAUCGUCAAUACCAGAAAUUACGAUCGAUGGAACCAGGUGAUGAAGAAGCGAGAAAACAACAACUUCUUGAUCUUCGAGAACAAGCGCGAGCUUUAACUAGUUUCGCUGGAAUACUUCCGUAUCGUAUGCCAAAUGAAACAAAUAGUAAACUUGUACAAAUGGAAAUUCUUAUGUGCUGAAUUGAAAAAUAUGUUAUAUUUUUUAUUUUAUUUUCAAUAUAAUAUUUUAAGUGAUACAACAAAU